AUGAGUGUCUUGAGCUGGAACUGCCGAGGUUUGGGUGGCCCUCGGACGGUUCGUGAACUAUUGGACCUGGUGUCCAAGAAGCGACCCGAUUUCGUGUUUUUGAUGGAAACAAAAUCGUGUUCAAUUCGGUUGGAAAGUGUGCGAGUACGAUUGGGCUUUGAAGGUUUGUUAUGUGUAGAUAGAGUGGGUAUGGGAGGUGGUUUAACUCUGUUUUGGAGGGAGAAGGAGAUGGCUUCUCUUCUGAGUUUUUCUGAUAACAAUAUCGACGUUGAGGUGACGCUUCCAGGCAUGGCUCCGUGGCGACUGACGGGUUUCUACGGUCACCCUGAGAGGUCAAGGAUAUGUCAAUCCUGGGAUCUACUGAGAACAUUCAGUACCCGCUCAGACCUUCCCUGGGCAGUGAUCGGAGACAUCAAUGACUUAGCCAAUCACGCCGAGAAGAAGGGACCGAUCCCACAUCCAGACAGUUUAGUGAGGGGUUUUAAUGAGGUUUUGCAGGAGUGUGACUUGUCCGACCUGGGCAUGUCAGGAUACGAGUUCACAUGGGAAAAGGGUAGGGGUACGGAGCAUUGGAUUGAAGAGAGGCUCGAUCGGGCGGUGGCAUCAACAGCUUGGUGUAACACAUAUCUAGCGACAUCGGUUCAAAAUAUCCUAACCCUAAACUCUGAUCACAGUGCCAUCAUUUUGCGUCUGGAGGAUAGUCUGUUACGUAGAGGCAACCGUUGUUUCAAGUUUGAGUCUGCAUGGAUACUUGACGAAGAGUGUCGACGUGUGGGGGAACACUCUUGGGAUUUCUCUCGGAAUCUCGAUUUUCGACAAUGUGUGGAGCGUUGUGGCAACGAUCUAUAG